AUGGCGCAGCGUCGGCGAAGACGUAGCAGCAGUAGCAGUAACAGCACCAGCAGCAGCAGCAGUAGUAGCAGCAGUAGCAGUAUCAGCACCAGCAGUAGUCGCAGUAGCAACAGCAUCAGCGUCAGUAACAGCAGCAGCAGCAGUAGCAGUAACAGCAGCAUCAGCAUCAGUAACAACAGCAUCCGCAGUAGCAUCAGCAUCAGUAACAGCAGCAGCAGCAGCAGUAACGGCGGCCAGUCACAACCCGUGAAUGGGAACCAGGAGAAGGCAUCGUCGUCAAACAAGGAUUUCCAGAAAGCAGUUCCAUUUAGCAGGAAAUGUUUUGGCUGCGGGGAUUCAUCACAUCUCGCUAGAAGCUGUCCACGCAAUAAGACAUCGUGUUACAAUUGCGGUAAAGAGGGUCAUCGUGCAGCUAACCGUAAGGCAGAAAGGAAAACUCCUAAAUCGGAACAAAGCAGUGUCAAUAAUAUGACGGAUGAAGGAGAAAUCGUAAAAUCGGAGAAGCGGAGUGGAUUGAUUUUUAAGGAUGUAAGUUUCAACGGAAAAUCUCCGUCGGCAUUAAUCGACACAGGUAGCGACUUAUGCAUUAUACGUUACGAUAUGUUAAACACACUUAGUCCGGAUGUUGACUUAAGUAGUGAACAGCGCCAGUUGAUGGGUAUCGGUAUCAGCAAAGUUACAACAAUGGGUUGCUUUACCACAUCCAUCGAGAUAGACAACAUAAAGUUGGAAAUAAAAUUUCACGUAGUGAGAAAGCGAGACAUCAAAUAUGCGCCUGUGAUUGAUAACGACGUUCUGAGGCAAGUCGAUUUAUUCGUUACGGAAGAUGGCGCCGAGUUCAGGCAGAGGAAGAAGGUGGAGGAAAAGCCACAGAGCAAGGAGUAA